GCUGAAGAAACCGCAUUCCCAGCUGUAAUCUGCCAGCGGGCAGCGUUUUGUCUACGGAAAAGGGUGUGGAUGUGUGACACGCGGUACGAUUAAUUAAAGUUAAAUAGAUUAACCACGCGGGGACUGUAAAAGUCUCGAACAACUGACAACAAAGGACAACAAUACAACAAAUCACAGCACUCCAGACUGAGUGGAGCCAGCAACUUGUGAGAGACGUUCCAGACCGCAGCACGACCACCGUAAGACUUCCAACUGCAAACACCCGAACAUAAAAACGAUCUACUUGUCUCCGGGAUCCGGAGGACAUGGCAUGGGGAGACUGAGGGAAGAAGCGGCUGAAAACAAGAAGGAUCUUCAUGUAGGAAAGUCAUGUCUGCUGACUAAACGCUUUAAAACUGUGAUCUACAAGGCUUUGUUUGGCUUCUAAAAGAGGAGGGGUGGAUCUAAACGCGGACUUUGUACUGGUUGGAGAAGUUGGCCUCGAGGAGCUGGGAAUUGUCAAACUUGUGCCGGCGAGACCUGCUGCGGCGUCCUGAUCUCGGCUCGUUCACACUGCAGCCCUCCCUCCAUCAGUUGUGGUGACCCGACUCCGGACAGCUUGCUGCAGGGCCCAUCCUGAGCAGCAGCAGCUGCAUCCUGCUUGCUCACUCCCAUUCCUCCCCUGCUUCCUGUCCUUGGUCAGACAAGGCUAAAGCCUCCUUUCCCCUCACCCCACCCUUCAUCUUUGUCAGCCUCUCUUACUCACACACUUUUAUACUUGUGUUUAUUUUUUGUUUUUGUUUUGUUUGUUGUUUUUUUUUUUGUUGUUGUUUUUUGCGGGGGAGGUUGAUCACAGGUUCACAAAUCGGACAGCUGUAGGGUAUAAUCGCCCUUUGGAAACAAACCUGGAGUGACCACUCAGAGUUCCUCCACUACAACCUGCAUCAUGACCUCUAUGUCAAGUCUCUUCUCUUUCACAAGCCCGGCGGUCAAACGCCUGCUCGGCUGGAAGCAAGGAGACGAGGAGGAAAAAUGGGCAGAAAAGGCAGUGGAUGCGCUUGUGAAAAAACUGAAGAAGAAAAAAGGCGCCAUGGAGGACCUGGAGAAAGCCCUAAGCUGUCCCGGACAGCCCAGCAAGUGUGUUACCAUUCCAAGAUCCCUGGACGGUCGCCUGCAAGUUUCCCACAGGAAAGGCCUUCCUCAUGUCAUCUACUGUAGGGUGUGGCGCUGGCCGGACCUCCAGUCCCACCAUGAGCUCAAGCCUUUGGAGGUAUGCGAGUACCCUUUUGGCUCCAAGCAGAAGGAGGUCUGCAUCAACCCUUAUCAUUACAAGCGGGUGGAGAGUCCUGUGCUACCUCCUGUCCUGGUACCACGACACAGCGAGUUCAACCCACAGCACAGCUUGCUUGUACAGUUCCGCAACCUCACUCAUAACGAGCCACACAUGCCCCUGAACGCCACUUUUCCCGAGUCCUUCCAACCUCAACACAGUGGGGGCGGCAGCAGCAGCAGUGGAGGUGGCGGCGGAGGCAGUGGCACUUUCAUUUCUCCCAACUCGCCUUAUCCACCUUCUCCAGCCAGCAGUGGUACUUAUCCAAGCUCUCCUGCCAGCUCGGGACCCUCCAGUCCAUUCCAGCUCCCAGCUGACACCCCACCCCCGGCAUACAUGCCCCCUGAUGAGCAGCUGGGCCAGGAAAGCCAGUCCAUGGAAACAAGCAGCAGCCUGGUGCCACAGAACAUAGCUAGAGGUGAUGUGCAACCGGUGGAGUACGAGGAGCCAAGCCACUGGUGCUCUAUUGUCUACUAUGAACUCAACAAUCGUGUGGGAGAGGCUUAUCACGCCUCGUCCACCAGUGUGCUCGUGGACGGCUUCACCGACCCUUCAAACAACAAAAACCGCUUCUGCCUUGGACUGCUGUCCAACGUCAACCGCAACUCCACUAUUGAGAACACCCGCAGACACAUUGGCAAAGGAGUGCACCUGUACUACGUGGGAGGUGAGGUGUAUGCAGAGUGCCUCAGCGACACCAGCAUUUUUGUCCAAAGUCGUAACUGUAAUUACCACCAUGGUUUCCAUCCCACUACUGUGUGCAAGAUCCCAAGCGGAUGCAGCCUUAAAAUUUUCAACAACCAGGAGUUUGCUCAGCUUCUAGCCCAGUCAGUGAACCACGGCUUCGAGGCCGUCUAUGAGCUUACUAAGAUGUGCACCAUUAGGAUGAGCUUUGUGAAGGGCUGGGGAGCAGAGUAUCACCGACAGGAUGUCACCAGCACCCCCUGCUGGAUCGAGGUGCAUCUUCAUGGGCCCCUCCAGUGGCUGGACAAAGUGCUCACACAGAUGGGUUCCCCUCUCAACCCUAUCUCCUCUGUGUCCUAAUAAUGGAUUUUAUGGGAGCUUGAAAGCCUCUUUUACCUUUUUUUUUUUUUUUUUUCCCCCUCCAUGUUUUUUCCCCUUUAUUUUUAAUUUUCUGCCCCUCCUUUCCACUGAGUUUUCUAAUUUAAAGCUGUCCUAAUGGCUGAACUGUUUACACUUACUUUGGGAAGGGGUCUUGAACUCUGGCUGGAAAUUCAACAGCGGCCGCAGCCAGAAUCCAGUUGUUUUAACAACAUUGUGCAAGAAAAUACCCGAAGAAAGAGAGAGAUGGGGGAAUGCCCAAGUAGCAGAACAACAUGGACACACUACUGCUUGACAAUUCUACAAUACCUGUAAGAGUUUAGGCCUCUUUGUCAAGCCUGAAUUUGUGAAAUUUUAAUCUUUGCAUCAGGUUUUGUUGUUUUUGUUUUGUUUUUGACAAUGAUUUUAAUUCUCUUUGUAGUUUUCAAGUAAGGAGAUCUGUUUCACUACUUUGCCUUAUGUCUGCCAGACAAUUGGAAAUUUACUUAACACUUUUCUUACGUUGUUUUCUCAAUGUCAGAUAUUUCAGUUAAGAUAUAGACACGAUUGUGUUUGCCAUUAGACUCAGAUAUAACAACAUGCUUUCUUUUUAUAGUCUCUACUGCUAGAAAUGAACACUGAGCUACUGCCUUUCAAGAAAAUGAUGUAUGCCAACAUGAUAGUUUUUGAUAUGGGAGAUCACUGAACAAGUUUAACAUGCCAAAAGCUAACAACAUUGUGAAUGUUACAUCUAUUGCAAUAGAAGUAGUCCCCAUGUAAUCAGAAAACACACACAACCUUUACUGAUUGUUUGUACUUCUGGUUCAAGUAAUAGUGGAAAAUAGCUGUAUUUUCCAAACUCACUGUAUUAACAAUAUUGUGCACUCAUGGAUUUUUGUGGAGGCAUAUUAAAUUUAUUUGGCAUGAGUACCAAGGCAUUACGUUGAUAGGUAAUUUACUUAAUUAGCUCGAUGAAAUAAACAGGUUAUUUGUUAAAAAUUG